AUGACGAACAAGAAUACCAUCACGACCACCAGCUUUUUCGAUGUGACGAUCUCAAGAAAGCCAGGCUUUACGGCGAUUGGUGAUUCAAAGGAAAUGGAAUCCCCUGACGGAAAAGCGAAAACUUCAAAGAUCGGCAAAGACGCUCGCCUGUUUUCACAUCCUCUGGGAGUGUACUGCACUGAAGAUAUGCCGAUAAAGAAGACGGUGACUUCCACCAGCUUCAGAGUGCAGACUCAAAACGCCACCAAGCAUUCUACCAAGACACACACAUUGACUUGCAGGACAACCAUUGUGGAGACCCAGUAUCCUUCGGGCCUUGACACCACCGUGACUACCACAGUUCGUCCUAUCGAGACGGUAUUUGUCAGCCCGACGAGAACUAGAAUCGUUAACGAGACGGUCACCCUCGAGAGACAAAUACCCCGAAACACCCACUACCACGUCUGCUCCAAGCCCGGCAAAAACAUCCUCGGCUGGGCGCCCGACAGGCGCAUGAUCAGGGAAUGGACCCACCAAGACCACGAGGUAAACCCAACUGAAGUAAAAGUUGGCGAUUAUAUCUCCUGUUGCAACGAGUGCAUGAAGCGGCCAUUCUGCCAAAUCAGCUUCUUCGGCAAGCCACCCGACGCAACCAGAGAUGUACCGGAGUCCUGCUACAUGUACAUCACGCAAAACAGGAAUCAGUGCCUCGACGGGGCGCAGCCGGUGUAUGCAAAAUAUAUCGGUGACGGUAAGCAGGCGCAGCUGAUGGGCUUCAAUAGCUGGGAAGCGCCUUAUUAUACUUUCAGCAAUGGGCCGUGCGGGCAGUUGAAGUAUGGAGGGCAGCUUCCGUUGGUUUGGUGGAGGUAA